UCAAAACAUAAACACGGGCAAACUUGAGCAAACGACACGACCUGACAGAGACUGCGGGAAAAGUAAUUUAGUCCUUGCUGUCCUUGGUACAAGGCUGUCCAGGAUUGCAGUCCCUGAUCUCAUGAAGUGGACGGUAUUUGACUUUAACUGCUAACUUCAUUUUUUACAUCAACAACUUCACCAAGUUCGCAAAAUAGCGUAAAGAGGAGAUGAAAGUGCAAGGACCAUAGAGUUAAUCUGGAAGAAAAAUUAGCAAGCUGACUUUUUGCUGUUCGAUCGCUUUGAAAAAAAUACAGCAUGUUUGCGGGUGCAAACAUGGACGAAACUCCUCAAAAUGCAAGCUCUCAAAUGCAGCUAGAAGACCUCAGCCUAGGUGAACUGCAAGCGUUUUUGGAAAAAAACAGGCAGCUACAAACAGAGAUCAGGAGUACCAUAAAUCACUUGUCGGCUAAGAUGAGCAGCUUGAUUGAAAGUAGGGACCAACUUGAGAGCAGCUUAAAAGAAGUGAUGGAAAAAACUGGCCUUAGAUCUUUCAAUCCGUGUGACCAAUUUUCUCAAAUUCUCGAUGUCACAUCAUGGAAAGCCAGCUACCCGUACUUUUUAGACAAAACUGAUUUCCCGCCGCCAACAAACAGAGAUGACUACAGGAUGACGAAAAACAAUUACAUCAACAUUUCAUCCCUGCGUAAAAGUAAUCGAUGGAAUCAAAACCAAAUGAAAGCACUGGACAAGGCAAUAAAGAAACUUGCCUUAGAGAAAUUGCAGACUGGACUGAAGCAGAAGAAAAUUAAAUUAGAGAAGCAGCUGGAGGAAAAACUUGCCUGCCAACAAUUGCUGCAGGAAUUUGAAAUGCUGGAGGACGAAUUUGUAGAUGAGCUGAAUGAAAAGAUAAAUUCCGGACGGACUAUCGACGAGCUCAAAGAAGCAAUCAAGGAAACGGAAGAGGAAAUAGAAGUACAAGCUCAAAUUCAUCUGAAGGAGGUUUUAAAAGACCCAAACCAUGAGCAUGACUGGGACAAAAUUUCUGAAGUUGAAUUUAAUGGUUUGAGGACAGGAACUGAAAUCAAGGCUAUGUGGAAACUGUGCCUGCACACAAAUUUAUCUAGAAAGCCGUGGAGUGAGAAGGAAACCAAAAUUAUUUCAGAAUUGGCUGCGGAAGGCAAAACCUGGCAGGAAAUUGCUAAGGCAUUGAAAGGAAGAUCUGCCUAUCAAGCAUUUAUCCAUCACCAAAGUGCAGCAAAUCGAGCCAGGAGUUUUUGGAGCGAAACUGAAGACAAGGCAGUUUUGACAGCUGUUAAAAAGCUUCGUAUGGGCAACUACAUUCCAUUCAGUGCUGUUGCUGCUGGUAUACCAGGUAGGAACGCUCAGCAAGUAGGCCAGCGGUGGCGGUGCCACUUGGACCCAAAUAUCUACAGAGGUUACUCAACUCCUCAAGAAGAUGUCAUGCUGAUUAUUUGUCGGUUUCUAAAGAAAAUGAGCUACAGAGAAAUUAGUGAGAGAUACAUCAUUCGUACUGUAGAGCAGCUGAGGAAAAGAUUCCACCAUCUGAAGAAAUCUAAAUCUUUUGGGGAAAUGCUGAAAAAGAAUGAAAUAUACAUUGAUUUUGACAAGAAAAACAAAAACAAGACACUUACAGGCAAGAAUUUUCAAAAGGAGCUCAACAAAGUCGAGAUUCGCUCAUCAAACUUUAGAGCUGAAAUUCCUGAGGAACAUCAAAUCGGAUUUGAUUUAUCUGAGAUUAGCAAGCAAACUAUCUCAAAAAACGUCAAAUUGUAUCUGAAGCACGAGGAGCAAGAUGAUGGCAAGAAGAUUUUGAAACUUCAAAGAAAGUAUAUUGGAGGGAGAGUUCAAAAAGUGGUGAAAAAAGAAGAAGAAGAUUUAGAAAUGUUCUACUUCACCAGCUAUAGUAGUAAACGAGGAAAAGGAUGCAAAAUCAGAGAGGCAAUUGCAGAGAAAGUUGCACGAAACUUGAGGAUUUAUCUCAAUUCCUUAAAUGCCAAGCUGGAGUUUAAAGAAGAAAUGAUUUUGGAAGACGAGCAGAUCAAUUUGCUCACUGAUGAAUUGAAAAAUAUGACUUUCAAUGACGAACCCAUCAAGUCGAUUUUCCCUCCCCAGCUCAGCACUCUCAUUGGCUACAGGUCCCUUUUAUUGGAAAUGGCAAGACUACACAACCAUAAACUCACUUCAAGAGAAGUUGUUCAGAACUUUGUUGCCCAGUGUGAAAAGUCUGCAGUUUUCAUGAACUCGCAGAGUGGUCCAAAUUCUUUCAAGUCCACUGGAAAGUGUCAGAACGUGCACCUAGUGCCGUCGGACAGAGUUCGACCUUUAGCUACCGUUCACUUGCACAGCGGAAUCUGUGACGGAAAAUCUUGUCCCGAAAGAAAACGCAAGAGCGAGGCCAUCAAAGCUCCACUGGCCAUCUGCGGCAAUAUUCAAGAAUUUUACUUUAUUCUUGACAGUGAGACAAAGCCUGCCUUUAGACUCCGUUUAAAGAAAAAUUCAUCAGAAGAGAGGAAAGGUGGCCAAGAAAUUCAGCUUUCACAAUCAGACAAGGAAGUGGUCUUGCCUGCUAUCGCAUUAGGUCCAGGGCCGUCACAAGAUGAUGAUCACCUCUCUCCACAGCAGGCUAUGGAUCUGUGGAAAGAUCGAUUUGCAGCACUAUUUUCCUUUCCAGCCAUUUUGGAGGCAUACGAAGCACCUUCAAUGAAAGACUUGACUGUAGAACCACCACCAGAAAGAGAGGAAGAGCCAAAGAAGAAAACAUACUACAAGAAGAAAAGGGCCAAAGGAGCAAGGCACUGGAAACGAAUUGAAAUGAUUCAAAGAGAAGAAAAUUCCGAGGGUGCAGAUGCAGAGUCAGCGGAGCAAAAUGAAGAGCCAGAGAAACCACGCAGAAAAAGGAAAACUGCGAAAGAGAUGCUUCAAGUCUACAGUGAAAUGAAAUGUGAAGCUCCUGUACGUCCACGUAGGCAGCAGCCUGCUACCAAUGUUGCCUCAACCAGUGGUACAAGUAUCUAAACUGUUUAAGGCUAUUAAUAACCAAUUUUUUGAUAUUAGAAAAUCUCUUUAAUAAGAAUUUUUUUUAUAAAUCAGAAAAUUUGAAAUGCAAAUAAUAGCAGUAAAAUUUUAUUUCACACAUCUGCUAACAAAUAGAGAAUUCAGGCACAAUUU